AUGAAUUUAAUAAAUUAAUGUUAAUAAUCAAAUAUUUCAUGCAUAUGUUAUUCAAUUUUAGUUGGAUAUGCUAUUAUCAUUACGCUUAUAGCUGGUAAAGCUCUCAUUAGAUUGAUGAAAUCUUCAACUAGUAAUUAAGAAUUAAAUCCAAUGAUAUUAUGCAUAGUAUAAUCUCUUUUACAUGUUAUUUAAUAUGCAGUGACCGAAAGUAAUACCUUAUAAAUAAUUACCCUCUAUUUUUAAAUACUUAUUUUCACUUCAAUUUCCUAAUUAUUUGCAAAAUUAUGCUUUUAGGUUAAAAGUGGAACUCUUAUUUUGAGAAACUUUAAAAUGUUUAAGAUUCUGCAAUAUAUUUUUUAUGGAAUAAUUUUGAUUUUUCAAAUAUUUGCGUUAGUUUUGUCUAGCUAAGAUUCAUGUGAUAAAUAUUAUUAUUUAAGUAUAAUUUUAAUUAUUGUUUAGCAGAUUACAUCAACCAUAGUUACAACUUAUUUUGGCUUUAAUUUACUCUAAAAGCUUAAAAGAGUCAGCUAAUUUAUAUAGUGUAAGACGAUGAAUCCAAAAGCUGUCUAUGAUUCUUUUGCUAACAUGUCUUUGUGCAAUUCCAGAGCUACAAUUAUAGAACCAAGAGAAUUGAUUUAGACAAGAAAGCAAAUUACUAUAGUUAUUGUUUUGAUGCUAAUCACAAUACUACUCUAUAUAUCAUUUAUUUUAAUUGCUAUACUAAUAUUCAAAAAAGUGACUUGUGAACAUUAAAUAGAUAUAAAUUAUUAGAAUUAUUUGAUAGUAAUUUAUGGAUUAAUUUAAAUGACUCCUUGUUUGGUCAUCCCUUACGCAUUUGGCUUUAUUCCGUAAGUCUAGGCUUAAGGAGAUUAUAAUGAUUGCCUAAUCAUUUUAGAUUAGUCGUAAGCAAAAUCAAAAGAUUCUAUUCAGAUUUGA